AGCACACGUAAAUUACAUUUUGUUUUAAACAAAUUAAAGCACGCAUAAAAAACGCGUACGUCUAUGCGGCAUUUGUUAAAUAAGUGACAAUUUGAUUGAGCAAACGCAACAAUGUGUUAACAACAGAGUGCGUGCAUUUGUGCAAUUUUGGCAAAGGCUUGGUUUGCUUUUGGCCUGCCUUUUCGGCCCAAAACAAGUAAUUCGCAAAAACAGUCGCACCGAAUCUGCAAUGCGCUGCACUUGCGAGUGAGUGAGAAGGCGCGACAGAGGUACUUGUGCAAACAGUGCUAAUUAACAGCAAAACUUCCAACUAAUACUCACCUGCCAGUCACAUUCCGCUAACCACAUUUAAACAACAAACAAAGAAAUGGGAUUUCGUAAACCAUAUUAAUCAAAACACUAAACAUUCAUUCAUACAUGCAAAGACCGCGUGUUUCUCGCGUAGCGCCCUGCACAAGCACAAGUAGCAGCAGCAGCAUAAACCAGGGACGGGCAUGCAAAACAACGCUGCCGACGACAGUCGAUAAUUAAUCGACUGUCUACGUUAUCGCUCAAGGACCGCUCGCUGAAAAGUUUUGCAAGUGGGUGGAUGUGGUCGUUGGUUGGUGUGAAAAAAAGUGCGUGCGAAAUUUGUUUGUGCUGCAAACUAACGUCAGCUGCAAUAAUUGAAUAACUCUCUCUCCCCUUCUUUCUCUCUCACUAUCUCUCUCUUUCUGUCUCUCUUCCUCUAUCUCUAUCGGUUUAAUGCCGCAUCGUUUAACGUAAACAAAUGGGCGACAGGACAUUGUUGUAGCACAUGCCGUAUGGCCCCAUAGACAGAGUGCUUUCAGUGCUUCCCCCAAUUCCAAAUUUAGUUAUGUGUUCGUUAAUAAUACGCUCGAAGUGUUGAAGCUGACACAUCCUGCGAUCCUCCUGACAACAACUGUGUGUGUGCCUAUCAUUGUUUUUGAUUUCCGCCCAGGCUCGCCCCUGGCCACGAUUGUCGGCAAUCAAGUUACUUAGAAUCUAAUUUCAAUUUGUAGCUGUUCUCCAUGCAGGAUCUCAGUUAGUUUUGAGCAUUUACGCCGCGGGUUCACCAUGUCCAACAAUAAUCAUCCGCACGGUCAUUUGAGUCAAGCGGCACAGAAUCCCUCAUGGAAUCCCCUGCAAAUACCUUCGUAUAUACCGCGACAGCCGCAAUUGGCGCACAUGUCCAACGAACGGCCGCUGGUGCGAUCCCCUCUCGCCUGGCAUGCGUCCGCUCAGCCGCCGCCGCCGCCACCUCCAGAUGCAAUUUACAAUUUUAUGUCGGCCAAUCAUAAAAACCUGGAUCAUCAUCAUCAAAUGAAUCCGUUGCUGGCGCCGCCAUAUACUGGAACAUUGCCCUUUGACUCCAUGGAUUUGUCGCUGCAGUCGAGUCGCAGUGCUGCGCCAGCGCUAAGUAAAACUGGCCAACAACAACAACAGCAGCAAUCACAGCAGCAGCAGCAACAACAACAGUCGUCACAUUUACAUGCUCCGCAUAAUUACCCAACGAUUCACAAUCUGACCACAAAUACGCCCGCAGGAGCGCAGCAAGGACAUUUGCCGGGCAUGCCUGCGUCGGCAUCGCCUGCAAGUGCUGCCAGUAAAUAUUUGAAUGCGAAUGGCGCUGCCGAUUGCGAGUCGCUGUUGCCGCCGCCGCCGAGUACCCCGCCCAACAACAACAACCACAACAAUAACAACAACAGCAGCAGUAGUGUCAACACCAACAGUAGCAGCAGCAACAACAAUGUGCCGCCAUCGCACUACAUGCAGAACCGUGACGAGAACUUUAAGCUGACGCAGCUGAAGAGCAUGCAAAAGAACACUGAACUGAGCAGCAAGGAGUGCAGCUAUGCGGCUGGCGCGGCAGGCAAACUGGCCGCCCAUAGCAUGCAACAGCAGCAGCAGCAGCAUGCCAAGAAGCCCUCACCGCUGCGCAACUAUCAUCAGCAGCAGCAACAGCAGCAGCCAUAUAAUAUGACGCCGCCAAAAUAUAAUGGACCACAGACGCCGCCAACGCCGCAGUCGCCGCUGGACUAUAAUCAGUUGCACUUGCAUCAUCAGCUGCAUGCAAGUGUUGGCAGUUAUGCACCACAUCAGCCGCAGCAGCAGCAGCAACAUCAGCAGCUCAUGCAGCAGGAGCAACAACAACAGCAGCAACAGCAUCAGCAACAUUUGCAUUAUGCACCACCACCACCAACGCAUCAUAAUCAGCAUCUAGCACCACCACCGCCGCCACCGUCUCACAUGACCAGCGCACAAUUUCAGCAGCAGCAGCAACAGCAGCUGAGGCAGCACCAACCACCACCACCACCACAGCAACAGCAGCAGCGGCAGACAUCGCCACAGCAAACACAUACAGCACAAAUGCAUUCCCGCAAUACGCAAUUGACGAAUCUCGAUAUGCUGUCGAAGCACAAGCCAGACGAGGAGCAGCCCCAGUCGACGCACGAGGAGCCACAGCCGAUCAUUACAGAUCUAUCCACAUCUGCCGCAUAUCGUAGCACGAAUGCUGAGGAUAAACAGCUGGUCGAGGCGCCCGAAUCGCCGUACAUGACCACCUCGAACGAAGAGUCGCUAGAGUCCAACAGCAACAGCAGCAAUAGUCGCAAGCGGCGCAAACGCAAAGCAAGUCAAGUGAUGCGCCUGACGCCCAGCGAUAAUGUGAAAAGACAACGCACUCCAAGCCCGCUUAGCAACAGCUGCAGUCCCAAGCAUUCGCCAAAGAAUGGCGAGUUCCAGCCAUUUGCAGCCAGGAAGGAGCAGCAGCAGCAGCCGCAGCCGCAGCAGCAACCACAACAGGAGCACGAGCACGAACUGCCACAGGAAAAUGGACGCGCAGCAACCCCGACAAUUUCUGCUGCUGCAACCGAGAAUAGUAACAGUUCCACGCUGUACAACGACACAACGACGGACAAUCCCAAGACAAAGAAGCAGCGACAGGCACUACUCCAACGCAAUCUUACUGAACAGCAGCAUCUGCAAUGUCAACAGAUUGCAGAUGAACAGCUGCCCGCCGCCACAAAUGCAUCAAAUGAACCGACGCUGCCACCGCCCAGUCCGCAGAGCAACAGCAGUAGCAGCAGCUCGAGCAGUUCAAGCGCUGCGACGCACAGCAGUCAUGCGAGUGAGCCGCCAUCCGGCAAAGUGGAACAGCAGGAGCAGCAGCAGCAACAGCAGGUGGACAAUAAUAAGGCUAUAACAGAUACGCCCGCCUCGCCGGCAUUGGUAGAGCAGGGCGACAUUGAUGCCAGGCCGGCGGUCAGUGUGCACGAUGAUGAGGAUGAAACAGCAUCGCCAGCGGACAAACAGUCACCGUUGCCAGCAGCAACAGCACCAAAAAUAACAGCACCUACAGCUGCUGCUACUGCAGCUGAUGCUGUUGAUGCUGCCACUGUAGAUCCGUGUCACUUUAAUGAGGUGGAAGAUAAGCUGGAGAAAAUGUUUGCCGGCAUUGAAGAUGAGCCCGCCGAGCAGGCAGCAGAUACAGCUCGCGCCGAGCACGACUUGAGUGCUCAUUUGUUACUGGACAAUGAAAAAGCUGUGGAGCAGACUAAAGCAGCGGCGGCCAGCACACCACCCGCGCCCAGCACGCCACCAAUGGCGCCAACGCCUGAGGUGCGGCCCAUUGCCACCAAAGCGGCAAUGAAGUCAACGCUGCCAAGUCCCAUACACAGUCCCACGCCAACAGCAGCAGCAGAGACGCCCAUUAAGUUGCAGCAAUCACCAAUUCCAACAGUAGCACCUGCAUCUGCAAUUGUAGCAUCAACGGCAGCGAGUGCCAAAGUAGUGCCACGAACGCCGCCAACGCGUUGCCUGCCGCCGCGUCGACUCUCGAUGGGCAUGGAUCCGUCGCUGUUACGUUUUACCAUCGAGGACCAACAGAAAGCGAAGAAAACGCCACAACGCAAGAGGCAGCCGCCGCCACCGCCGACCGAAGUGGAGAUUGUGCAGCUGGACAGCGAUGAUGACAAACCAAGCACAUCGGCAGCUGCAGCAGCUGCACUUGCGGCGCGCAAACUUAGCGAAACAGCAGCGGCAGCAGCAGCAGUGGCAGCAUCUGUUGCAGUCAAAACGCAGCCAAGUUCAAAGGCGAACACUAAGAAGCCGAAAAAUAAAAAGAACGCGCCCAAGGGCAAAAAGCCAGCGGGGAAGAACGGCGCCAAACAAAAUGGGAACAAAAAAGGUGGCGCUGGUGGCGCACGCAAGAAUUUCAGCACGGACGAGGACAGCACACCGGCGCCCAAUGGCGUCGCUGCCCCUCCAGAUCUCAGGUUCAAAUCACCAUUCAUACUGAUCAAGCCCGAUGGCACCAUUAGCAUUAAGAACACGCACAGCGCCGAGGAUGUCAACGAGAAACAGACGAAGAAGAAGCAAACAAAGGCGCCGCACGAGCGCAAGAAUCUGCGCGGAAUGCAUAGCUCGACACUGAGCAAUCGCUACGAUGCCGACACCACCGAUUCGAGUUGGAUUUGUGUGUUCUGCAAGUGUGGUCCACACAAGCUCGGACUGGGCGAUCUCUUCGGACCCUAUCUGGUGUCCAUCGAUUGCGAGGAGUAUCGCACGGCCGUGCAGGUGCCGGCUGGCAGCAACGAUAUCGACGGUCUGUUUGUGAGCAAACGCAAGCGCGCCGACAUGGUCAAGCUGCAGGAACGCAAUCUGCCCGUGGUGCCAGCGACGCUGGCAAACAUUAUGCAGGCACCCAAAAUCACCAUGCACAAGCGGAAGCGCAAGCAAACCCAUGACAGCGUCUAUUCCUGCAGCGAUGAUCCGAAUGAAUCGCAGUGCUCUUCACAGGAUCCGCUGGAUUGCAGUCACGAGACAAAGUUCGUGGAAACGUUUCGAGGAAUGUCGAAGACCUCGGAGCAUGGCUACGAGAUUUGGAUGCACGAGGAUUGCGCUGUGUGGGCGAACGAUAUUCAGCUCAUUGGUGCUCAUGUGAAUGGCCUGGAUGCAGCGGUAUGGGAUAGCACGCGGUAUCAGUGCGUACACUGUGCCCAGUCGGGAGCCAAUGUAUGUUGCUUUCAGCGCGCCUGCAAGGCGGCCGCACAUGUGCCAUGCGCGCGGGUCGCCAGCUGGAGCCUAAGCGAACAGGAUCGUAAGGUCUACUGUCAGCUGCAUGCGCCACAGAAGGCAAAGGAGGAAACAGCUCCAAUAGCAGGUGCAGUAGCAACAGCAACGACCACGAUGUCGGCCAUUUCUGUCGAGCAAACGGCUGUGCCACCGCCCGUAUUCAACAUCAAUUCGCUUCCCUGAGUACGCGUGCGUGUGCAGAAAUAUCGUAUGGCCGUCACGCGUUGAGCGCACGUUCGGAUACACAAAUCCAGGUCCGAACAGCAUCCUAACCCACUGUUGGAUCCAGCUGGCUGCUCUGUAUAUAAUCAAUAAAUGGCUAAAACGAGACUUUUACCUAGCUGGACUACAAGGCGGUCGCUGGUGCUGCUGUUCAUGUUGCUUUUAAUGCCGAUUUCUGAUCCAUUGUAAUCAUUUUAAAACUUUUGUAAAAAUCGAACUGCUGUACAUUUUAUGUAGGCUCUGUUACAACUGGGCG